AUGAGCGUUCAACAUGCAGCUGUUCUUACUAGCGAUAUUCGCGCUGAGGAUGCGCCUGACCCAGAGGAUCCGCACUAUCGAGGCGUUUUGAUCCGACCUCUUCCACUACCUGAAAAUGCUAAUCAACCACCCCAAAAACAAUCCCCUCCAAUCCUGCGUGUCCCAGGCGAGAUCCGUAACAGAAUCUACUUCUUCCUCUUCCCCACGCAUCAAGAAUACCGACUUCCAGCCCGCCACAAAAAACCCCACGAACACAACUCACAGUUCCCAAACCCACUAAGUGUACGUCUGACGUGCCGAAAACUGUAUUUUGAAACCAAUCUCCUGGCAUUCCAAAAAGGCACAGUGAUAGUAGCACCCAGUUUCCGCGUCCUCAAAGACUGGCUCGCAGACCGAACUCCCCCAGAACUCUCCGCGAUUGUCGGGAUAGAAAUGAAUAUUGGCAUAAACCGCAAACAGGACGCAGAUAAACACAAUGUCAUCAGCGCCAAUGACGUCGCGUUCCGCGACCUGCUACCGGAUUGCACGGACCUCACAGUUCAUGGGAUCAUGGUUGGUUUCCGACCGAACCGUCCCGAGUUCGUCGAAGAGUAUGAAGCGAAUUUUUUCCUUGACUUUGAGAAUUACAACAUGUUCCGGGAUUAUUUUAGAAUGCUGAGGCGGUUGAAUCGCGGGAUGGUGAGUUUUCAUGUGUGGAGUGAUUCUUGGGGUAAGGCGGUGGAGAAUCAUGGCGAUAUUGCUGAUCGAGUGGUAAAGAAAGUCAUUUGUCAUAGGUGUACGAUUGGACCUGAUGGGUUUCUGGAUCUGCCUUGUUGA